UCUUUCAUUUUGGAUCAGGAGGAUUUGGAAAAUCCAAUGCUGGAAACGGCUUCCAAGUUCCCCUUGUCAGGUGCUGCUGAUGGUGCAGACCUCAGGACAGUAGAUCCAGAAACACAAGCUAGCCUGGAAGCUUUACUAGAAGCUGCAGGAAUAGGCAAAUUAUCUACGGCUGAUGGUAAAGCCUUUGCAGAUCCUGAAGUGCUUCGGAGGUUGACAUCAUCUGUUAGUUGUGCGUUGGAUGAAGCUGCUGCUGCGCUUCCCCGUAUGAGAGCUGAAAGCACAGCAAACGCAGGGCAGUCGGACAACCGCAGUUUGGCAGAAGCCUGUUCAGAAGGAGAUGUAAAUGCUGUGCGAAAGUUACUCAUUGAAGGGCGAAGUGUAAAUGAACACACUGAGGAAGGGGGGAGCCUCCUUUGUUUAGCUGGUUCUGCUGGAUAUUAUGAGCUUGCACAGGUUUUGUUGGCAAUGCAUACCAAUGUGGAAGAUAGGGGGAUCAAAGGUGACAUUCCACCUUUAAUGGCUGCUGCUAAUGGAGGACAUGUCCAAAUUGUGAAGUUGCUGCUAGCUCAUAAAGCUGAUGUCAAUGCACAGUCUUCAACAGGCAAUACAGCACUUACAUAUGCUUGUGCUGGAGGUUAUGUAGAUGUUGUAAAGGUGCUCUUGGAAUCCGGUGCUAGUGUUGAGGACCAUAAUGAAAAUGGUCAUACUCCUCUUAUGGAAGCUGGAAGUGCUGGACAUGUGGAAGUAGCCAGAUUGCUGCUAGAAAAUGGGGCUGGCAUUAAUACGCAUUCCAAUGAAUUUAAAGAGAGUGCCCUUACGUUAGCUUGUUACAAAGGACAUUUAGAGAUGGUGCGAUUUCUUUUGGAAGCAGGCGCAGAUCAAGAGCAUAAAACAGAUGAAAUGCACACUGCUUUAAUGGAGGCUUGCAUGGAUGGCCACGCUGAAGUAGCUAGGUUACUUCUUGACAGUGGUGCCCAAGUGAACAUGCCUGCUGAUUCAUUUGAAUCACCAUUGACUUUGGCUGCAUGUGGUGGGCACGUGGAACUUGCGGCUUUACUUAUUGAAAGAGGAGCUAGCCUGGAAGAGGUCAAUGAUGAAGGUUAUACACCAUUGAUGGAAGCUGCUCGUGAAGGACAUGAAGAAAUGGUGGCAUUACUUUUAGGCCAAGGAGCAAAUAUCAAUGCACAGACAGAAGAAACUCAAGAAACUGCCUUGACUUUGGCUUGCUGUGGAGGCUUUCUGGAAGUGGCAGACUUUCUAAUUAAGGCAGGAGCUGAUAUAGAAGUAGGGUGUUCUACCCCUUUAAUGGAAGCUGCUCAAGAGGGUCAUUUGGACUUAGUUAAAUACUUAUUAGCUGCAGGCUGUGUAUCUAACACUACUGCAGGAGCUAAUGUUCAUGCAACAACAGCAACAGGGGAUACAGCACUAACAUGCGCCUGUGAAAAUGGUCAUACCGAUGUAGCAGAUGUCUUACUUCAGGCAGGAGCAGAUCUGGAGCAUGAAUCUGAAGGUGGAAGAACUCCUUUAAUGAAAGCUGCAAGAGCUGGUCAUGUUUGUAACGUUCAGUUCCUAAUUAGUAAAGGAGCAAAUGUGGAUAGAACCACAGCUAACAAUGACCAUACUGUACUGUCCCUGGCUUGUGCAGGGGGUCAUCUGGCAGUGGUGGAACUACUUUUGGCUCAUGGGGCAGAUCCUACUCACCGUUUAAAAGAUGGCUCGACUAUGUUGAUAGAAGCAGCAAAAGGUGGUCAUACAAGCGUUGUUUGCUAUCUUUUGGACUAUCCUAAUAACUUGCUUUCAGCCCCUCCACCAGAUGUCACUCAGUUAACGCCCCCAUCCCACGAUUUAAAUAGGGCUCCUCGUGUACCGGUUCAAGCACUGCCCAUGGUUGUCCCACCUCAGGAGCCUGACAAAUCACCUGCCAAUGUUGCCACUACUCUUCCCAUCAGGAAUAAAGCUGCUUCCAAACAAAAGUCCAGCAGCCAUUUGCCAGCAAACAGCCAGGAUGUACAGGGUUACAUCACCAAUCAGUCUCCAGAGAGCAUUGUAGAAGAGGCUCAGGGCAAGUUAACAGAACUGGAACAGAGGAUAAAAGAAGCCAUAGAAAAGAAUGCACAGCUGCAGUCCUUGGAACUGGCUCACGCUGACCAACUUACCAAGGAGAAGAUCGAGGAGCUGAACAAAACAAGGGAGGAGCAAAUUCAGAAGAAACAAAAGAUUUUGGAGGAACUACAGAAAGUAGAACGAGAAUUACAACUGAAAACUCAGCAGCAGCUAAAAAAGCAGUAUCUAGAGGUUAAAGCUCAAAGAAUUCAACUUCAGCAGCAGUAGCAACAGUCUUGCCAACAUCUGGGACUAUUAACUCCUGUUGGGGUUGGAGAACAGCUUUCCGAGGGAGACUAUGCACGGUUACAGCAAGUGAAUCCCGUUCUGCUUAAAGAUGAACCCCAGCAAACUGCUGCUCAGAUGGGUUUUGCACCAGUCCAGCCUCUGGCCAUGCCUCAAGCUUUGCCUCUGGCGGCAGGUCCCUUGCCUCCAGGGUCCAUCGCAAAUCUUACAGAACUGCAAGGAGUGAUAGUUGGACAGCCAGUACUGGGCCAAGCACAGUUGGCAGGGCUGGGGCAAGGAAUUCUGACAGAAACACAACAAGGGUUAAUGGUAGCCAGCCCUGCUCAGACCCUCAAUGACACGCUGGAUGACAUCGUGGCAGCAGUCAGUGGAGGAGCAUCUGCAAUGUCAAACACUCCUACCCACAGUAUCGCUGCUUCCAUUUCCCAACCUCAGACUCCAACUCCAAGUCCUAUCAUCUCUCCUUCAGCCAUGCUUCCUAUCUACCCUGCCAUUGAUACUGAUGCACAGACUGAGAGUAAUCAUGACACGGCACUAACGCUUGCCUGUGCUGGUGGUCAUGAGGAACUGGUACAGACAUUGCUAGAGAGAGGAGCUAGUAUUGAGCACAGAGACAAGAAAGGUUUUACUCUGCUCAUCUUGGCUGCUACAGCUGGUCAUGUUGGUGUUGUGGAAAUAUUGCUGGACAAUGGUGCAGACAUUGAAGCCCGGUCAGAAAGAACCAAGGACACACCACUAUCUUUGGCUUGUUCUGGGGGAAGAUAGGAGGUGGUAGAGCUAUUGUUAGCUCGAGGGGCAAAUAAAGAGUACAGGAAUGUUUCUGAUUGCACACCUCUAAGCCUGGCUGCUUCUGGUGGCUAUGUGAACAUUAUCAAAAUAUUACUAAAUGCAGGAGCUGAGAUUAAUUCUAGAACUGGUAGCAAAUUGGGUAUUUCUCCUCUGAUGUUAGCAGCUAUGAAUGGGCACACAGCUGCCGUUAAGCUCCUGUUAGACAUGGGCUCUGACAUAAAUGCUCAGAGAGAAACCAAUCGGAACACUGCCCUUACCUUAGCCUGCUUCCAAGGAAGAACUGAAGUGGUUAGUCUUCUGCUUGAUAGAAAAGCAAAUGUGGAACACAGAGCUAAGACUGGCCUCACACCGCUGAUGGAAGCUGCCUCUGGUGGAUAUGCAGAGGUGGGCCGAGUUCUUUUGGAUAAAGGUGCUGAUGUUAAUGCCCCUCCAGUGCCCUCCUCGAGAGAUACAGCUUUAACCAUAGCAGCAGAUAAAGGGCAUUAUAAAUUCUGUGAGCUUCUCAUUGGCAGGUAUGAUGGUGCUCACAUUGAUGUACGUAACAAGAAGGGGAACACUCCAUUGUGGCUGGCAGCAAAUGGUGGACACCUUGACGUGGUUCAGUUACUGGUGCCAGCAGGUGCAGACAUGGAUGCAGCUGAUAACCGCAAGAUAACUCCUCUUAUGGCAGCAUUUAGGGAGGAUCAUGUGAAGGUGGUGCGCUACUUAGGCAAAGAAGUCAAUCAGUUUCCAUCAGAUUCUGAAUGUAUGAGAUACAUAGCAACGAUCACUGAUAAGGAGAUGCUGAAGAAGUGUCACCUUUAUGAGUCGAUAGUACAAGCCAAAGAUAGACAGGCUGCUGAAGCAAACAAAAAUGCCAGCAUUUUAUUAGAGGAGUUAGACUUGGAAAAGUUAAGGGAAGAAAGCCGGAGGCUGGCUUUGGCUGCAAAAAGAGAAAAGAGAAAGGAGAAGGGAAGAAAGAAAAAAGAAGAACAAAGAAGAAAACUAGAGGAGAUCGAAGCCAAAAAUAAAGAAAACUUUGAACUCCAAGCUGCUCAAGAAAAAGAAAAGCAUAAAGUUGAAGAUGAGCCUGCAGUCUCGACAGAGCCUCCAAGUGCCACAGCCACUACUACCAUAGGUAUAUCUGCAACCUGGACCACUUUGGCAGGUUCCCAUGGUAAAAGAAACAAUAGCAUAACUACAACCAGUUCAAAGAGGAAAAACAGGAAAAAUAAAAUUACUCCAGAAAAUGUUCAAAUUAUAUUUGAUGAUCCACUACCAAUCUCAUACAGUCAGCCAGAGAAGGUGAAUGGAGAGUCCAAGAGCAGCAGUACCAGCGAGAGUGGAGACAGUGAUAACAUGAGAAUUUCCAAUUGCAGUGAUGAAAGUAGCAACAGCAACAGCAGCCGAAAGAGUGACAAUCAUUCACCUGCUCUGGUCACCACCACUGUGACCAGCAAGAAGCAGCCAUCAGUUCUGGUUACGUUUCCAAAGGAAGAGAGAAAAUCUGUUUCUGGCAAGGCUUCAGUAAAAUUGUCAGAGACUAUCAGUGAAGUGACCAGUAAUUCUCUCUCCACUUGCACAAAAUCUGGUCCAUCUCCCCUUUCCUCUCCAAAUGGGAAAUUAACAGUAGCAAGUCCUAAGCGUGGACAAAAGAGGGAAGAAGGAUGGAAAGAAGUUGUAAGAAGGUCAAAGAAAGUAUCUGUUCCAUCAACUGUGAUAUCCAGAGUGAUUGGAAGAGGAGGUUGUCAUAUUAACGCUAUUCGGGAGUUCACUGGUGCACACAUAGAUAUUGAUCAGCAGAAAGACAAGACAGGAGACCGGAUAAUAACUAUAAGGGGUGGCACUGAAUCAACAAGACAAGCAACUCAGUUGAUCAAUGCUCUGAUCAAGGAUCCAGACAAAGAAAUUGAUGAACUUAUUCCAAAGAAUCGUUUGAAAAGCUCCUCAGCAAAUUCCAAAAUUGGGUCAUCAGCACCUACCACCACUGCUGCUAACAGUUCCUUAAUGGGAAUUAAAAUGGCGACUGUAGCUCUGUCAUCAACAUCUCAGACUGCCGCAGCACUCACUGUGCCUGCAAUUUCUUCUGCAUCUACUCACAAAACCAUUAAGAACCUGAAUAAUGCGAGGCCUGGUCUUCCAGUUUCUCUUCCAUUAGCAUAGCCUCCUCCACAGUGUGCACAGGCUUUGCUUGCUGCUCAGACUUUCCAGCAGAUCCAUCCACCAAGGUUGCCCAUGACGCACUUUGGAGGUACUUUUCCACCAGCUCAAUCCACUUGGGGUCCUUUUCCUGUCAGGCCUUUGAGCCCUGCCAGAGCUACUAACUCGCCUAAGCCUCACAUGGUGCCUCGCCAUAAUCAGAAUAGCAGUGGUUCUCUGGUGAAUUCAGCAGGUUCUGUAACUUCAAGUCCAACAACUACAACCAGUUCAUCAGCUUCAACGGUGCCUGGUACAUCUACAAAUGGCAGUCCAAGUUCACCUUCUGUUGGAAGGCAGCUUUUUGUCACAGUUGUGAAGGCAUCCAAUGCCACCACCACAACAGUCACCACCACAGCAAGUAACAACAGCACUGCACCCACAAAUGCCACAUAUCCUAUGCCUACUGCCAAAGAACACUACCCAGUAUCAUCCCCAUCUUCCCCAUCACCACCAGCCCAGCCAGGAGGGGUUUCUAGAAACAGCCCUUUGGAUUGUGGAACAGCAUCUCCAAAUAAAGGGGCAUCUUCCUCUGAACAGGAAGCAGGUAGUCCACCAAUAGUAGAAACAACCAACAGUAGACCUCCAAACAGCAGCAGUUCUUCUGGGAGUUCAUCAGUUCAUUCUACUCAGCAGCAACCUCCGGGAUCUGUUUCUCAGGAGCCAAGACCACCUCUUCAGCAGUCUCAGGUUCCUCCCCCGGAAGUUAGAAUGACUGUUCCUCCUUUAGGAACAACAAGUUCUGCUCCAGUGGCGGUGCCUUCUACUGCCCCAGUGACUUACCCUAUGCCUCAGACACAAAUGGGAUGCUCCCAGCCUCCACCUCAAAUGGAACCCCCUGCUAUGAGACCACCCUCUCAUGGCACAACUGCCCCUCACAAGAAUCCAGCUCCUGUGCAAAAUUCAUCUGUUGCAGUCCUCAGUGUCAAACACAUUAAAAGACCUCACAGUGUCCCCUCUUCUGUCCAGCUACCUUCGACCUUAAGUACACAAAGUGCUUGUCAAAAUUCAGUACAUCUAGCAAAUAAGCCGAUUGCUCCCAAUUUCAGUGCCCCCUUACCAUUUGGGCCCUUUAGCACAUUGUGUGAAAGUAGCCCUACUCCUGCUCAUGCCUUCUGGGGAGGAUCUGUUGUUUCAUCUCAGUCAACACCAGAAUUUAUGCUAUCAGGAAAAUCCUCAUAUUUGCCAAAUUCAGAUCCUUUACAUCAGUCUGAUACUUCCAAAGCUCCAGGUUUUAAACCACCAUUACAGAGACCUGCUCCAAGUCCCUCAGAUAAGUUUGUAUUUUCUGACAUUCUUCAGCUGCUCGUUUCUACAAAUGAUGUUGAAACUCUUGGUAUUGUCAAUAUGGACUCACCAUAUGGUUCUGUAACACCUUCUUCUACACAUUUGGGAAACUUUGCCUCAAACCUUUCAGGAGGUCAAAUGUAUGGACCUGGGCCACCCCUUGGAGGAGCACCCACAGCUGCUAACUUGAACAGACAACAUAUUUCCCCGCUUAGUUUGUUGACUCCGUGUUCAUCAGCAUCAAAUGAAACCAAACUAGCUUGGACUCGUCUUCCAAGUCCUGGCUGCUGGAGUCACCGAGAGAUUUCAGGGAGAAGCAGUCUUGGCCGAGGGUUAGAGCCAGAGGCCGGCUGGAGAAGGGAACACUGUCUGGAUGUUGAGAGCAGCUGGAGCGUCGGAGGGAGAAAAGCAGCUUGGCGAAUGAGGAAAGAAUGUGCUUGUCACUUCAAGAGGCAAGAAACUUCGAUUUUCCUCCUGCCUCUGCCAACAAGUGUUUAUUGGAAAGGACAGAGUGGUGGUGAUGGCAGGUGA